AUGGCUGGCUACAAUCUUCUCAAGCUUUCUCUCUUCCUCUUCCUCACCCUCUCCACCUUGGCCUACAGCAGCGACGACGGUGAUGAAACCAACAAGAACAACCACGCUCGCAGCCUUCACUCUAAGCCUCUAAUGCUCGUAAAGAUAUGGUGCAUGGUUUUGGUUUUUGUUGGGACAUUUGCAGCCGGAAUGUCUCCCUACUUCUUAAAGUGGAACGAGGGGUUUCUGGUUCUAGGAACGCAGUUUGCCGGCGGUAUUUUUCUUGGAACUGCUCUCAUGCACUUUCUCAGUGAUUCAAACAAGACUUUCGAAAGCUUGACUGAGAAGGAAUACCCUUUUGCAUAUAUGAUGGCGAGCCUGGGGUUCUUGAUCACCAUGCUUGGGGAUUCUGUGGUUUCAUAUGUGUAUGCUAAGCAGAAGGACAGUGACCCUGAAGUUCAAAGAAAGGCCGUUCAAAAGCUGCAGGGCCAUGAUGUUCAUGGUGACCACCCUGCAACAGUUGGUUCAGUUGGGGAUAGCAUCUUGUUGAUCGUAGCCUUGUGUUUCCACUCUUUCUUUGAGGGUAUCGCAAUCGGAGUUGCCAGCACGAAAGCUGAAGCUUGGAAGGCUCUGUGGACAGUCAGUCUGCACAAAAUCUUUGCAGCCAUUGCCAUGGCCAUUGCUCUCCUCCGAAUGAUUCCAGACCGUCCCUUCUUAUCAUGCACAGCAUAUGCUUUUCUGUUUGCCAUUUCCAGUCCAAUUGGUAUCGGAGUUGGGAUCACGAUAGAUGCCACAACUCAAGGUAGAACGGCAGAUUGGAUCUCUGCCAUAUCGAUAGGUCUGGCAUGCGGCGUGUUCAUAUAUGUAUCCAUAAACCAUCUGCUUUCAAAGGGUUAUACAGUUCACAAGGCAGUCUCUGUUGACACUCCCCACUACAAGUUUUUGGCUGUGUUGUUUGGAAUCGGAGUAGUAUCAGUUGUCAUGAUCUGGGACACUUGAUAUAAUCGUGCCAAGGAGUCUGUCGUUCAAGUAGUUAUCCGCAUUCUUCAUGUACUCAAUGUCCGUUUGAUUCUACCCUCAAUAUCGCUUGUAAAAAUGUAAAAAUAAAAAUAAUGCUAAAUAUUGACAAUGACUAAAU